AUGGAUGAAAUAUCAGAUGACAGAGCCGAGAGAAACAGAAUAGACCGAUUAGUAGAGCAGAUCAUAGUUAUGGAAGAGGAAAUGCAUCAGAUAAGAGAGGAAAAUCGGGUUUUAAAGGAGAAUAUAAUUAAUUCAAACAAGGGCAUAUCAAAUGAAAUAAUCCAAACGCUUGGGCAGCAAAUAGCCUCCUUGCGGCAAGAAAUCCUGAGCGCAGCGCCUGUCCAGGGCGAAUGCUCAAAGUGUAAACAGGCAGUGAGCGCGCUGAAAACAACCACUGGCGAUUUUAAGAGGCUCAUAUACAAGCUAGAGGAAGAAAUAAGCCAAGUUCUGAGCAUCGCAUAUGCGCAAAACAGCUCUCUGCAGGAAAAGACCGAGCAGAUUGAACUCUACGCCCAGAUAAAUAACAAGCUGACCCUUAUAAAAGAGGAGUACAUGAGGCUAAAAAACCUGUGA